AUGGCUACCGCGACACUUGCCCCUGUGAAGUCCCAGCUGGUGGACAAUCUGCCCAAGCGGUUCCAGGGCAUCAAGUUUGGCAUCCAAUCCAACCAGGACAUUGCCAACCAGGCCGUCCUGGAAGUUUCCGACCGUCUUCUCUACGAUGUCGACAACAACAGAGCCCCUUUCCAACAUGGACCGCUAGACCCGCGUUUGGGAACCUCUAGCAAGAUUGGCAAGUGCGACACAUGCCAGGAAUCACUACAGAAUUGUACCGGUCACUUUGGCCAUGUCAGACUGCCCCUGCCUGCCUUUCACAUUGGCUAUCUCGGCUUCGUCAGGACCAUUCUGCAGGACAUUUGCAAAGACUGCAGCCGUAUACUGUUGACCGAACCCGAGCGCCGAGCUUUCCUAAAGGAGCUGAGGCGGCCGUUUAUUGACAACCUCCGUCGCACGCAAAUCUGCAAGAAGAUCAACGAGCAAUGCAGGAAGACGAAAACAUGCCACUACUGCGGAUCCAUAAACGGUCAGAUUCGGAAGGUCGGCGUGCUCAAACUAGUUCACGAUAAGUUUGUUGCCUACAACAAGUCGACAUCAAUGAAGAAAGUCCCGCCGGAAAGCAAGAUUGUCUUUGAUGCGUCUUUCGAUGAGGCGAAAAAGCAGAACCCAGACCUCGACAAGCAUCUUCGCAAGGCCAUGGAAGACCUGAACCCGCUCAGGGUCCUCAACCUUUUCAAGACCAUUAGCCCUACGGAUUGCGAGCUGCUCGGCCUGGACCCUGUCGAAGGACGCCCUGAAAUGUUCAUCUGGCAGUUCUUGCCCGCUCCUCCCGUCUGCAUUCGACCCUCCGUCGCUCAGGAUAACGCAAGCACGGAAGACGACUUGACCACCAAACUUGCCGAUAUCGUAUGGAUCAGUGGCAUGAUUCGACUUGCUCUUCAGAAAGGCUCCCCUGUCCAGACCAUCAUGGAGCAAUGGGAGUACUUGCAGCUGCAAAUUGCCAUGUACGUCAACAGCGAUGUGCCGGGUCUCCAGCAACCAGGUUUUGGCAAGACGGUGCGCGGUUUUUGUCAAAGACUGAAGGGCAAACAAGGCCGUUUCCGAGGCAAUUUGUCCGGCAAGCGUGUAGACUUUUCUGGCAGAACCGUCAUCUCACCAGACCCGAACCUUGGUAUCACGCAGGUCGCCAUCCCAAUUCUUGUCGCCAAAAACCUCACGUAUCCGGAAAGGGUGAAUGAUUACAGCCUGAAGAAACUUCGAAAAUGUGUUCAGAAUGGCCCAGAUGUCUGGCCUGGUGCGCAGCAAGUCAUCAAGAGCGAUGAGGGUGGCUACAAGAUAUCACUCAAAUUCGGCAACAGGGGACAAGUGGCUCGCGAUCUGAAAGUCGGCGACGUGGUUGAGCGUCACAUUGAGGACAACGACAUCGUACUCUUCAAUCGACAGCCUUCGCUCCACAAACUCAGUAUCAUGAGUCACUUGGUUAAGGUCCGACCCUGGCGAACCUUCCGUCUGAACGAGUGUGUUUGCACGCCAUACAAUGCCGAUUUUGACGGCGACGAAAUGAACCUCCAUGUUCCUCAGACUGAAGAGGCUCGUGCAGAGGCCAUCAACCUGAUGGGUGUCAAGCACAACCUUGCGACCCCGAAGAACGGAGAACCCAUCAUUGCGGCGACGCAGGAUUUCAUCACAGCGGCUUACUUGCUGAGUGGCAAGGAUAGGUUCUUCGACCGCAAAACCUUUACGUACAUUGUCAUGCAUAUGAUGGACGGCAUCACACAUCUUGACCUUCCGCCGCCAGCGAUUCUCAAGCCGCAAGCACUAUGGACCGGCAAGCAGGUCUUCAGCAUGAUGCUACGACCGAACAAGGAGUGUCAAGUCAAGAUCAACCUUGACGCGAAGUGUCGAGAGUACAAGGCUAAGCCCGGGCAGUGUCCUGACAUGGACCCGGAAGAUGCCUGGCUGGUGAUUCGCAACUCCGAGGUCAUGUGCGGCAGGAUGGAUAAGUCGACAGUCGGAGGUGGAAAGAAGGACUCCGUGUUCUAUGUCAUCCUCCGAGAUUUCGGUCCCGAUGAGGCCGUCACCGCCAUGAACCGCUUGGCCAAGCUGUGUGCUAGGCAACUGACCAAUCGAGGUUUCUCGAUUGGUGUAGGCGACGUCUUCCCCACUGAACAGCUAUUGGUGAAGAAGAAGAAGUUGAUUGAAGACGCAAACAUUCAGGUUGAUGAGCUGAUCAACACUUACAAGAAGGGGAAACUCGAGAAGGCCACGGGCUGCAACAUGGAACAGACGCUUGAAAAUUCCAUUUCGGGCCUGCUGAGCAAAGUCCGAACCCAAGCAGGAGCUCAAUGUAUUCAGACUCUCAGCCGGAACAACGCCCCUCUGGUCAUGGCCAAGUCUGGGUCCAAAGGUAGUGAGAUCAACGUGGCUCAGAUGGUGGCUGUCGUCGGCCAACAAAUUAUCGGCGGCUCCCGUGUGGCGGAUGGCUUCCAGGACCGAUCCCUGCCUCACUUUCACAAGAACGCACCCCAGCCUCCCUCCAAGGGAUUCGUGGGAAACAGCUUCUAUUCUGGACUCUUGCCCACUGAGUUCAUAUUUCACGCCAUGUCCGGACGUGAAGGUCUCGUCGAUACAGCCGUCAAAACGGCUGAAACGGGAUACAUGUCCCGUAGGUUAAUGAAGUCGCUCGAGGAUCUUUCCACAAGAUACGAUGAUACGGUGCGAACUUCCGGUGGAGGUAUUGUUCAGUUCCAAUUUGGUGCGGAUAAGCUUGAUCCCGUCGACAUGGAGGGUUCGGCAAAGCCGGUUCACUUCGAUCGAACGUGGUCGCAUGCCGAGAACUUGACAUGGAGCAAUACCGACCCUGCACUGCUGCCGAACGAGAUUCUUAGCUUCUGCGACAGCAUGUUAUCUCAUGAGCGCUCUCGCUACCCCAGACGCGAUCUGGUGGGGCAGGGAUACCUUGAGUAUGACAACACAGAAGAUCGCUACACAGAUGAGCACGAGGGUGCAAGAGACUUCUUGAGAUCAGUCGAGCAAUACGUCGCGGGCCGCGCAGCCAAGUUGACUAGGAUUCUGCAACUCACCGGCUUGACAUCCGACCCUCUCGGCGCGCACAUGGAGAUCGAUUUGAUCGACGAGGAGCAAAAGGCAAAGAAAGCCUACGCAGACCGUGUCGCCAAGGUGUCGGAGAACACUUUGAAACUAUUUAUCAAGUUAUGUCUCGAAAAGUACAAGAAAGCUCACGUUGAGCCUGGCCACGCUGUCGGAGCUGUUGGCGCUCAGUCUAUUGGUGAGCCAGGCACACAAAUGACACUGAAGACGUUCCAUUUCGCAGGUGUCGCCGGUAUGAGUAUUACUCAGGGUGUGCCGCGUAUCAAGGAAAUCAUCAACGCGUCUAAACUCAUUAGUACGCCGGUCAUCAAAUGCCCGCUCGUGCAGAACAAAGAGAUGAGGGCGGCACGGAUCGUCAAGGCCCGAAUUGAGAAGACGUAUGUCUCCGACAUUCUGAGUUACAUCGAGGAUGAGUGGAUGGCCAAUGCUGGCAACGUCGUUCUGCAAAUCGACAUGGAUGCCUUGUCAGACAUGCAACUGGGCAUUGGCAUUCACGACGUAGCCGAGGCGAUUUGCAGGCACAGAAAGCUCAAAGUUCAGCGCGGCGAUUUGCACAUCGGCCAGAGCAGGAUCGAGAUCAGGGUGCGAGUUGACGAGAACGCCGCCGCUAAGAGAACCAAGGCCAAGGGCUCAGAAGAACAGGCGGACUUGCUGGUUCGCGCCAAUUAUCUCCGCCGUCUAGUCCCGUUCGUUGCCAUUUCAGGUUAUCCGGACGCGACGCGAGCGAUCAUUCAGACGUCGGAGCACGAUACUCACACCGUCUUAGUCGAAGGCUAUGGUCUGCGCGCCUGCAUGAACACCGAAGGUGUUGACGGCACCAAGACCUCAACCAACAACGUCAUGGAAGCUCGAGAUAUCCUGGGCAUUGAAGCAGCAAGAAGCACCAUUGCGCAUGAGAUUGGCGAGGUCAUGGGUGACAUGGACAUUGAUCCUCGGCAUAUGCAGCUCCUGGCCGACGUUAUGACGUACAAGGGCGAGGUCCUCGGUAUCACACGAUUCGGACUUUCCAAGAUGAGAGACAGUGUUCUCCAGCUGGCUUCGUUCGAGAAGACGCCUGAUCAUCUCUUUGACGCCGCUGCGGGCAUGAAGACGGACAAGAUUGAAGGCGUCAGUGAAUGCAUCAUCAUGGGCCAGACCAUGACCGUCGGAACUGGUGCUUUCCAUGUUGUGCGUCGUCUAGCCCUUCAGUCAGGCGAUAUUUCCGAGCGACCUGCUCUCUUCGAGGACGCGUGGACGGAGGAGACGAACAAACGGCGACAGGAGAGAAAAAGGCAUUGA